AUGCCUACGUCGAUAUCAGGCAGCAAUCUUUGGAACAAGCCUGCCAAUUCAGGCUCGGGGAAGCUAGCUUUGCCUUACAAUGCAGCGAACAUAGCCAACGACCUGAACCCUGCGACUGAAAAGCCGAGCUGGCCACUGUCCUCGUAUGCCCCCUACAAGCACGAGCCGCUCCUCGUGGCAGGGUUAGACGAGAGCUUCGAGGAGCUCCGUGUCAAAGCGUACGCCGCGCGAAGCAGCGGCACGCUGGCCGAAUAUACAAAUUAUGAAUCGAGCAGGAUCGAAGCUGCGAAUCAGGCCCUCGCUAACGCACGCGCAAACUCAGAACAAGCAUACGAGCAAGCAUACAAGCAAAGCAAAAUCACAGCCGUACUCGAAGCCGCCAGCGCCAACAAGGCCUCCUCCUCUUCCACCGCCAAUACUGCCGGCCCAUCCACCUCGGGCUGGGGCAGCAGCAACACCACAGGCGGCGGCUGGGGGCGCGAGGGAACCAAGUCCCCGGGGUGGGGCGACAACGACAAGUCGGGCUGGGGAGACAGCAAAGGCUGGGGAGACGGCAAGGGCUGGGGAGACAACAAGGGCUGGGGAGACAACAAGGGCUGGAGCUCCCCGAGUCCUACGCCGGGCGGGGCGUCUGGCUCUGGAUGGGGCGGUGCGGGUGGAAGUGGGUGGGGAAGCAAUGAGAGCAAACCGAGCGGGUCGGGGUGGGGGGCGUCGAGUUCGAAUACUAAUUCUACUUCGAACACGAACGCAACUGGGUCUGCGUUGGGAGGAGGAGGAGGAGCGUUUGGAAACCUGGCCACGACGAACUCGCCCUUUGGCGGCACAUCCGCCUUCGGCACCAAACCAGCCACAACGACAACGACCUCCGCAUUCGGCCAACCGGCGUUCGGCCAGCCAUCUGCGUUCGGGCAACAAACGAACACGGCGACGACGACGCCGUCUGCCUUUGGCCAGCCUUCAAGUACAACGUCGACCACAACCACUAACCCGAGCGGCUCAGUCUUUGGUCAGCCGUCCGCGUUUGGCCAAGCUGCUGGCGCUGGUGCUGGGGGUGGGCUGAUCAAACCCGCGACGGGGUUCGGCGCGUUCAGUGGUGUGGGCGGCUCGAGCCCGUUCGCAGCAGCUGCUGCCGCUGCAAAUGCUAGCAACCCCAACUCGGGGAGCGUAUUUGGUGGAGGGGCAAGUGGGGGUGGGGGUAAUGCCUUUAGUGCGUUUGGUGGUGGUGCCGGGGCAGGAGGAGGAGGGGGAAAUGUGUUUGGACAGCCGGCGUUCGGACAGCCCACGACGACGGCUACUGGCGCGUUUGGACAACCGACUACUACUACUACAAGCGCGUUUGGCCAGCCUGCUGGUACGACGAAUGCGUUUGGGCAACCUGCUAGCACGACGAGUGCAUUUGGGCAGCCUGCCAGCACGACGAGUGCGUUUGGCCAGCCUGCAACCACAGCAAGCGCGUUUGGUCAGCCUACAACCACAACAAGCGCGUUUGGUCAGCCUGCAACCACAACAAGUGCGUUUGGCCAACCUGCCAGCACGACGAGUGCAUUUGGUCAACCUGCCAGCACGACGGGUGCAUUUGGGCAGCCCGCCCAAUCUACAACGGGUGCGUUUGGACAGCCUACGACCAGCGCGUUUGGACAGCCAGCUGCCAGUACGACAGGGGCGUUUGGACAACCUGCUGCAACUACGGGUGCAUUUGGCCAGCCUGCUAGUACGACAGGCGCAUUUGGGCAGCCGGCCCAGGCAUCGGCGACGAACCCAAGCGGGAGUGUGUUUGGGCAAAGUGCGUUUAGCGGGCUUGGUGCUGGUGCUGGUGCGGCGCAGAAUACUGGCGGGAGUGUGUUUGGGCAGGGGUCGUUUGGACAGCCUACUCAACAACAACAACAGCAGCAGCAGCAGCAGGCGACGACGGGAGGAAGCGUGUUCGGCCAGCCCAGUGCGUUUGGUCAGCAACAGCAGACGGGCGGCAGCGUGUUCGGGCAGCCGAGUGCAUUUGGCCAGCCUGCACAGACGCAGAGUGCGUUUGGGAACCUUGCGAACAAUACGGGGUCUGUAUUUGGAGGCGGGGCGGGACCGUUCGGAAGCACGGCACCGUCGACGAGCGUCUCGAUGGACACGCCGACGAGUGCAUCCAACCCCGCCUUCCCCUCUUCAUUCACCACCGCCUCUAGUAGUAACUCUUUCGGCUCUGUACCCAAACCAGCCGCCGCAUCCUCCGCGCUCGCGCUGGACUUCACCCCUCUCCUCCAAGCCUCUGCCUCGCCCUCGCAGAGCAAGUUCCGGUAUAUCCCCGGCACGACGCCGUAUGACGCGAUGCUCCCGCAGCCGGAGGGGGUGUAUACGGAUAUGCAGCCUGGGUGGGCGAAGGAGUCGUGGGCUGCGGAGAGGUUUGGGUGGGGGAAGGUGCCGGAGUGGGUGCCGCCUACAGGCGUGCGGUAG